AUGGUAAAGUCUAAAUGGCAGAUGGUGGAUCAGGAUCCGGCCAAGACGUUCGGAAGCCUUACAUGUGAGCUCAUGUUGAAUUCUUCUACCAAAUUGCUAAAUAUAUCAACAUUUGAAUUGAGGUUGUUGAAUUUCUUCAACUCCUAUUGCAUACCGUUGAUCUCGUUUGGGGUCAACAUGAGGGCAGAUAGAACUUGGCGUAACCAGGUGCCGAAGUUAUUUUUACAGUCUGACUUGGUGCGUCAAUCGAUCUUUCUGUUCAGUAGCAUUAACUUAUGGCCGUUAUGUGAUUUUGAAAGGCUUAUUGAUACUGACACAGACCAUUCUGUACGACAGGACGUGGAGAGAAUGGACUCGGUUUUUGAUUACAAGUUGCUUACUGAGAGCUUGAGUUUAGAAGCACCAGAACAGGACCCUAGUAAUAAUCUAUUUCUCAAAACGAGUAAAUACUUCAUGAACACCCUUAAACAUACAGGACACAUCCUCGAUAGAACUACGACAGGCAUACAACCUGAUAUAGAUGAAUUGACAGCGUCGGAACUUCUGGUUUCAGGUAUUUUGAUCUUUUCAUUCUUGGGGAUUCACCCACAUAGAUUAGUGCCAUUGGUAUCAUUCAACAAUGAAGUGGAAACUGACUUUCUUUCUAUUGUAAGGGGUGUCAGAAAUACAAUUAAAGCCAGUUAUAAAGCAUUAGCAACUUCUGAUUAUUUUGGUAUCUUACCGUUGAUUGAUAGUUCAAUCGAGUCAAAUCCAAUAACGAGAUCAUUGAGAUAUCAGCUCUCUGAAUAUUAUGACGACGAGGUAAAGACGUCAAUAACGAGUGAUAAUUUUGCUACUUUGCAGAGUUCUAUAGCCAGUUUGGAAUUGCAUAUGUCUAAAACAAUCUUUUUGAAUUAUCCAGUUCCAUUGUUUGCCUGGAUUCUUUUAGUCCCAGACGAACUUCAUGACUUGAUCAGAGCAAAACAUUUCUUCGCUUUGAGAAUGCUCUAUGUAUUUGCUUGCUUAUGCUGCUUAACAAAAUUCCAGUUAUAUGAUAGUAAGAAUAUUUGGAGCGAUUACAUCUUCUGGUUCAAAGAUUACAACUUCCAAUCCUUAAAUGGGCGUUGGAACUGUGAGUUCGAUGAAAAUCUAUACCGGGUUAUUUUUGAACGAAAAUUCAGGAUUCCAAACAAUACCUUCCAUUUAUUAAGCAAGUUUGAUCCUAACUCAUUCUUCGAGCAAAAAGGAAGUAUCUGA